AGUUACAAUGAAUACAUACUUAGUCAUGAGAUAACUGACCCAUGAUGACCCUAUUAAAGUACAAUAGACCCAUGAUCAGAUCACUGUGUGGUCACAUGACACCUUGUGACUGAACACCUUCCUGAAUCCUGAGAUCUACUGUCUGUACAUCUCCCUGCUAAGUUACUCUGGACUCAACUCAAACGAUGUGCUGGACAGUUACCGUGACCAUGUCAUCGAUAUUCCAAGUGCUGUAGAGAAGCUGGGUGGUGCAUUCGCUGGGCUCACAAUGGUGCCCAACGCUGUGGGACUCGGUGCUCUCGUCAUUUCCAUGAUGUUAGAGAUAAUCUUGAAAAGCUUGGGGCAAAAAACCGUGGGCACGGCUGAAAUGUUGCAGAGGGUGUUUGCAGAGGAGAAGGGCAAUGAGGUCCGAGACCUGAUGGACGAGUAUUUGAAGCGUCUGCAGAUCAACUUGGGGAAGCCACAGCUCCAACUAGCUGAGACCCGGCAAAUAGAGAGCGAUCUCAGUGCACAGCUAACGCGGCUAAAGAACUCCAUGCUGGUCGAUGGACAUCUGGACUCUAGGCUUCUGAAGCAGUGGGUGAACGGCGCUGCGUUUCACACCCAGAUGUUGAUCCAUCAGGCUCGUCUGGAGGGGGCCGACGGGUCGAGAGCGGUGCGAGCAGCGGGCGUUUAUCAGCAACAGCUCAACGUUAUUAUGGACAAAUACAAGAACUACCUGAAUGGUAUUACAUAUUUAGGAUCAGAUCACGAUUUAUUGGGUAGUUUUUGUUGUCUGUAUUUCAAAGAGAGGCAGUUGUUUCACACUGCAGCUAAAUGUUUCCGUCAGCGAUAUAACUACUGUGUCACCGGAACUGAAGUGGUUGAGACUUUGUUUUCGAAACACCAGAUUUCUUGGACAAAGAGUUAUUUCUCUGACUUAGCAGCAAAUAUUCCGACUCUCGCGAGACAAAAUGCCACCUUUCAAAUCCGACAUUGAAGCUCUUUGUUUGUGAAGCCAUGAGACCAACAUCAAACCAAACUUUAAAAGACAAAUAUUUUAAGCUGGACACACAAAGAUUGCAACAACUAUUGCUAUGAAAUGUGGUUUAUCCAUCCACGGUGACCAUAGGAUGAAUCCUGAUGACCCUUAAUGUUUCUCCUAUUUAGUGACAUUAUCAAGUCCACAUUUAUAAUUUGCCCAAUAAUUUGGUUAAUGUUAAAAAAACUGCAAAACUAAACAUUCCCAUAAGCCUCAGCUGUGCUUUGUGUUUCUGUAAAUCAAAGCAAUCUGACGCAAUUUAGAAAAACGGUACACACAGUGACCGUUAAACCUGUUAGCAUAUGUUAGCAUAGUCAUUGUUAGAAUGUU